GAAUUUCAUCCUGGUUGAAGUCAGCUGAUCUGGGAGCAAACUUGUUACACAAGCCCAAAAGGAGAUGUUCAGCAUUACACAAAUCCUGCUACUAUACGUUAAAGCGCGAUAACCGAUGUGUUACUAUUGACGUAUGUUUCGCUAUUAUAGUUUGUAUUUAGUUAUCGGGGUAUGUCAGGGUAUGGAUUCGACUACAGCUCAAAUGCAAAACGAGACUGAGACAGAGCAGGACUCAGGGUGGGGUUGGUGGCCGUCCUGGCGUCCCACCUCCAUGUCCCUCUUGAAGAGCACAGAGGCCAAGAUCCUUGCCUGUAUUCAAAAUGAUGUGUGGGCCAGGUUUGUGACCUUACCCAACCAGAACAGGAUAUGGACCCUCACAGUAACUAACAAGACAAUCCGCAAACCGGUUGAGCAAGCUCCUAAGACUCCAAUAGUCAUGGUCCAUGGGUUUGGUGGAGGUGUGGGCCUGUGGAUCAGGAACCUGGAUGCCCUAAGCAGGUCCCGGCCCGUUUAUGCUUUCGACCUCCUGGGUUUCGGUCGCAGCUCACGGCCCUCCUUCCAGUCUGACGCCACGCUGGCAGAGGAGCAGUUUGUUGAAUCCAUAGAGCAAUGGAGGCAAAGCAUAGGCCUGGAGAACAUGAUCCUGCUGGGCCACAGCCUGGGGGGAUACCUGGCCACCUCCUAUGCUCUCCAGUACCCCUCCAGGGUGAGUCACCUGAUCCUGGUGGAUCCUUGGGGUCUUCCUGAACGAGCCCAGCCUGAAGAGCAGAGCCAAGCGGGACAGGGGACAGAGGUCAAGAGGCCAGCCCCCCCUCGCUGGGUGAAGGCUGUUGCCUCUGUCUUCUCUCUGUUCAACCCUCUUGCAGUUAUCAGAGCUGCUGGACCAUGGGGUCCGGGCUUGGUGAAUAGAUUCCGUCCAGACUUCAAGAGGAAAUUUGAGGACAUGUUCAACGAUGACACUAUGACUGAGUACAUCUACCACUGUAACGCCCAGACCCCUAGUGGGGAAGUGGGCUUCAGAGCGAUGUCGGGGUCUCUAGGCUGGGCCAAGAAGCCCAUGCUGCAGAGGGUCCACCUGCUGCCCCCCUCCAUGUGUGUCAGCAUGCUGUACGGAUCCAACUCCUGGAUGGACAGCUCUUCUGGGGACAAGAUGGUCCAGAUCAGGGGCCAAAGCCACACUCGUGUAGUGUUGGUGAAUGACGCUUCUCAUCACGUCUAUGCUGAUCAACCCGAAGAGUUCAACAAAUUGGUCCAGAAUAUUUGUGACUCCAUAGACUGAGUAUGUUUGUGUGAGUGUGUGAGUAUGUGUGUGUGUGUGUAAAUGGUUAGACUGAAUGUGGGAUCUUGUUUGAUUUUGUUUUGCACAUGGUAUUGGCCAAAAGUAGUUUCAGUGCUACCGUUACACAACCUACAUGAGUUGGGUUUGGAAGAUGGGACUCUUGAAGUGAGUAUAUUUGUGACUGUAGUUGAUAUUCUACAGCUCUGCACUGAGAGAUCUGUGUACACCCCAACAUUAAGCUCUUAUUCAGAAAACUUUUUAUUACAUUGUAUACAACACAUGGUCAGUUAGGGAAACUAUCAGCCUGUUUUGUAAUAUCAUUGUGUUGUUGUUGCAUUAAUCAGAUGUUUAAUUAUAUGCUACAAUCAGUAUGCAAUAUGGGUUUGGGGAUAAAACAUUAUUGUGAGGUAUACAUAUGUGUGUAUAUGGCCAAUGCCAUAAAAGCAUGCUUUGAUCAUGUGCCUUGGUUUGUCAUUAAUAAUAAAUACAUGAUUGUUACAUA